GGUGGAUUUUUUAGAAUUCUGUUAUAUAACUUAGUUUAAAAGUUAGAAUUACAGUAAUACUGAGGAUAGAUAACAAAUGAUUUUUCAAUAAAAAUUAGGAUAAUAAUAGAUCAAAAGUUAAAAAAGGUAAAUGUUGAUUCAGAAGAUUAUCAAAAAUGUAAAAUUAAAUUCAAAGCAAUUAGUAAGCAAAAUGAUAUGUGUGAUGUGAUUACUAAGGAUUUUUGUCUUAAAAAGAAGGAAAGAAAAAAGAAAAAAAACAAGAAAAGAUGAAUUUUAUAAGAUAAUAUAUGUAAUUAUUAGAGUUCACUUGCUAGUAGCUUCUUAAAAUGAAUGAUUAAUAAACGUAUAAGUAUAUUUAUAAGUGAAUUAAUAUAUCACUCAAUCAAAUAAAUAAAUAAAUCGAUAUAGAUAGAGUUUGAAAGUAAGUCUUAAAAUGAAAGAAAAUCAAAAAAUAAACAAAGAAAGAAUGAAAGAAAAAAAAAUUAAAGCAAUUGAAGAAAAGUAAAGAAUUUUAUUUUUUUUACUUUUUAAUUCCCAAAAUGAGACAACUUCAAAAAUAAUCAAUUUCCUUACUCAGAAAUCAAACAAACAAACAUCAAAAUAUCUUUUAUUUUUAAUUUCAGCUUUUUGCAAAAUCAAAUUCUGAGUGAUCAUAAAUCACCCAUUUAUUUUACACUGGAAUCCAUCCAUUUUUCACUUAAAUUUUUAAAUGACCUGGUUCAAGGUGGGAAACUGAAAUUCAAAAUUGGGGGAUGAAUCCACGAAUAGCCACUACAUUUCAAAUUUUGUUACAUGGGUGCUGAUGGCUGUAGAGUGUAGAGGACUUGAGAACAUCCAAAAUGCUAAUAUUUGCUUCAUUUUUCUUAGAGCCAAUUAUAAUGGGGGAUGUUGCAAGAAAGAGUACUUUUAAAUACACUAAAAAAAUGUUUUCCUACUUGUCUACUACCGAAUUAGAGCAUUGUAUUUAUGGUAAAAUUUGUUUAAAGGGUAUAAAAUUAUGCUUUUUGGGAUUUUCGGAGCAUCGUUCUGCUCAAAAAUACGAUAAGUCAAUUAAAGUAUGUGAAAAAGAAUUAAUAGGUCAAAAUGAUAUACAAAGCGGGCAAAUAAAUGGGUGA